UAUAUUAGUGUUAUGAAGAUUGGACUAACCAGCAAACAACCGGUUUGACAGACUGGUUUUAAAGAUAAAAAAUAAAUAAAUAAAACUAAAAAAAACAGUUUUCGUUUUAUUAAUCAGUCUAACCAGUUAAAAUUAAUGGAUGGGCUAAAAUCAGUUAAAUGUACAAAUCUUACCGGGUCAGCUAAGGCACCGAUUAGUGGUGACCAUGAUGUUCAUAACUACCCCGUGUAUUACUUGGGCCUCCUACCCGGGACGAGUCUGAAAAAAAUUGGAAGUAACAGUUGGUAACUGCAACGUCGUUGAAGUUGGAAAAUAGAGCAGUUGCAAAGUCCCCAAUUUUCUCUUUAACGUAGCAACCGCCAAAACAUAUCCAACGGACCUAACAACAAAAAAGGGUUCAGGAAGGUGGAAACGUUAGGGCACUGCACAUUCUCCCCUCUCUUUCCUCCUAACUACCUUUUUCUCUUUCCAAAACUGCGAAAAAAACACAGAAAAAAAAUAAUAUAUUCAAUCGAUUCUCUGUUAAUAGUAUAUGCAGAGAGUAGGAUUUUUAUCUCGAGAGAGAUGUGAAGUUCAGAACUUUAAGACAUUCUCUCUAGGUGGGGCUACUCGCUUCUUUCUCUGCAAACGCCAUGUCUGAGAGAGAAAGAACAUAGAGGAUUACGCACAGAGAGCGAAAACUUGGAGAGAGAAUGUUUACAGAAACGAUUAUUUGCAGGUGGAGCGAGGGGAAAUCUCUGUUCGCCCGGUGCGCGUUUGUUUCUGUGCAUAAAGACUACCAGAGAAUUAGAGAGAGAGAAUUAAGCUUUCUGUUUCUCUCUCUAGGCGCUCAUCCCAAGAGCUCUCAGAAAAGCUACAUCAUAUCAUUCACAAAAAGGCCCACGCCCUUUAUCCAUAAAGCCCCAUUUCCUUUACUAAGAAAACCCUAAACGACCAUUCCAGGUGCUUUCUCACUCCCUCCGUUACCCGCAACCCUAAGUCCGAAACCAGAAGCUCAAACCAUCUCCAAUGGACGGAAAGGACACAAAUGUAUCGAUGCCCGUCCAGCCAAGUGGGCUCGAGGUGGGCUCGAUGGAGGACGAUCAUGUGGACUCGGACUGGCUCCAGCUGGGGCUCGCACCCAGCACGAGGCUCAAUAACAAUAAUGAUGAGGAGCCCCCCAGCUUUACUCAGGGCGUGCCUGGUUUUGUUGAGGCUAAUGAUGAAAACCAUGACCAAAACUAUGAUACAAUUGAUGGUGUGACCACCCUCAACCUUUUUCAGACUGCACCUGACAGCAAUGGAAAUGAUGGUGGCGAACCCUACGACCCGAACCAAGAGGCUCAUGGGGUCGACCCCAGCAGGCCAUGGCUCCACCCCGGUUGGCUACGACCACGAGCUACUGCGGCUCGGUCGCGCCGGGGCCGACGCGUCGAGCAUAGGCCCGAGGUGGGGGUCUGGUUCUCACUUAUGCCGUCCAAUAAAGGGGGGGGCGAGGAGGAGCUGCCACAGGUGCCUAGGACUUAUAUCAGGGUGAAUGGUGGAAGCUUGACCAUCCAUUUAGUGAAGUUGUAUGUGGUGCAGAAGCUCGGCCUGAGCAGCACGGAAGAAAUCGAUAUUUUCUGUCAAGGACAAAAACUGUCAAAUUUACAUACAGUAAAAUAUGUUCGAGAUAUGAUUUGGGUUCCAAGGUCAAUCCUGUCAAUGAAUGCAACAACCUCAUUCAACUCUGAAUCCAGUUCAACGGAACUAGUGAUGAUACUGCACUAUGAAAAACGUCGCCUUCAAGACUGAUUUGAGUUCUUAAAAUGCCUUCAAAGACAUAAUUCAAGUUCUUGAAAUCAAUAAGAGUAGAUAUACUCAAGUAAUAAAUAUAUGCUUCGAAUGCAGAAUUGAGUAUUUGGAUAAUGGAAAAACGGGAUGCUGGCAAUAUUAUAAAGUGCAUUUGAAUGUUUGUUUUUCUUU